AUGGCUGGACAGGAACAUCAGGGACACAGCUCACAGAAACUACUCCUUCAGCUGCUGCUGCUGCUAAAUAUUGUUGCUGCUGUUCCAGGUGACUCGCCUGUCCCAGUUUCUGGGUUCGUUGGGGAGCAGGUUGUGCUGCCCUGUACCUACAGUGGGAAUGUCUCAGUCUCUGAUUUACAGAUAAUAUGGGGGACACCCAAAUGUGAAAGUUUACACAAGUUUGUCAAUGGGAGUGAUGAUUUGAGAGAACAAGACCCACGGUUCAGAAACAGAACAAACCUGUUCAAAGAUCAACUGGAAAAAGGCAACUGGUCAGUUAUGAUCUCUGACCUCAGGGAGACAGACCAGGACGAGUAUGAGUGUCAGAUUUACAGCAGGAUGGGAGAUCGCUUUCGAUGGGAGGAAGUUGUUUCCGUCCAACUCUCUGUCACAGAGCAAGCUCCUACACCUGGACCGAACACACCUGUACCAGGUGACUCGCCUGUCCUAGUUUCUGGAUUCCUUGGAGAGCAGGUUGUGCUGCCCUGUAACUACAAAGGGAAUGUCCCAGUCUCUGAUUUACUGGUAAUCUGGAGGAUACACAAAAGUGUAAUUGUUCACAAGUUUGUCAAUGGGAAUGAUGAUUUGUCAGAACAAGGUCCACUGUUCAGAAACAGAACAAACCUGUUCAAAGAUCAACUGGAACAAGGCGGCUGGUCAGUUCUGAUCUCUGACCUCAGGAAGACAGACCAGGACGAGUAUCAGUGUCAGAUUUACAGGAAGACGUCUGCAGGGUUAUAUUGGGAGCAAACUGAAUGUGUUCAUCUCUCUGUAACAGGUGCUGGAAUCUCCACUAGAAGACCUAUUGGAUUGGGAAUCGGAAUUAGCUCCUUCCUUUUUAUUGUAGUUGGUGUUUGUGUGUCCCAAAUGCAACAAAGCUGGAAUUGUGUUCGAAAUCGAUACUCAGGCAAUCGAAAUGAAGCAUCAAAUGAUGUCCCCGUGACAAAAGUGACCUGUUCAGGAGGAGCACAGAGCCUUGUGCCAACAGCAGCUGAGCAUCAGGAUGGAGCGACUGGAGAACAAAACGUUCUGGGGAAUAGGGCUGUCCUGAACUGA